UUCGUUGAUUUGCUUUCUCACUCGACUCAUUCUUUCCUUCGAGCGUUGAUCUUUCUUUAUCGUUUCUUCAGCGACAUGGAGACGCCGCCGGACACCAGCCUCCCGGCACCGCCACCGCCGGCCGUGAAGGCCGUCGUGGCCGCCACCCAUGCCACGAUCCAGCCCUCAUCCCCUCGCUUCUUCUUCUCCUCAGUCGCCGCCGCUAACCCCACCGCUGGUUCCCACCGUCGGAUCGCCAUCGCCGUCGACCUCAGCGAUGAGAGUGCGUACGCCGUGCGUUGGGCGGUCCAGAACUACCUACGCCCUGGCGAUGCCGUGAUCCUCCUCCAUGUACGCCCCACAAGCGUUUUAUAUGGCGCUGAUUGGGGUGCCAUCGACCUCUCCCUCGCCUCUGAAUCGGCGGGGGAAGACGGUGGAUUUGACCCCUCGGAGGAGUCUCAGCGGAAGCUGGAGGAUGAUUUUGAUACCUUCACGACCACCAAGGCUCAGGACCUGGCGCAGCCGCUGGUGGAGGCGCAGAUCCCCUUCAAGAUCCACAUCGUCAAGGACCAUGACAUGAAGGAGAGGCUUUGCUUGGAGGUGGAGAGGCUUGGGCUCAGCGCUGUCAUCAUGGGGAGCAGGGGCUUCGGCGCUUCGCGGAGGGGUAGCAAGGGAAGGCUUGGGAGUGUCAGUGAUUACUGUGUUCAUCACUGCGUUUGCCCUGUUGUUGUGGUUCGUUUCCCAGAUGAUGGCGUGGUUGCUGGAUUGGAAGGUGCAGCAGCUGGAUCCGAUGGUAGCAGCAGGAGGAGCGUAUUGGCCAACGAGGCGGAGCUCCACCCGGUGCCGGAGGAGGAACAGGAGUAUCUUGAUGCCACCGAUGAGCAUAAAGAUGCUUGAGAGAUAACUAAGUUCCAGAUUGUCCUUAAUAAUCCAGAAACUUGUUUUUCUUUUCAUUUCAGACCGUGAAGGAAUUAAUGCGUUGAAGACAUGUUGAAAUCAGAUGCUGUUGUUGUUCUUGUUGCUGCAUCUUUCUGCCUGUCGAUAGUAGGAAAAAAAAAAAGGACCGAAUAUCUUUUGAGGUAUUUGGGGGUACUAUGCUUGCAGUUCAUCUGAGGUUUACUUACUGCUUUCUCUGUGAUGCUUGUUUGCACAAAGCAGACCUGGUUACUCCAUGUUCUUUUCUUUGUUUUGUUUUAAUGUUUUAAACUUGUGUGUUUCUUCAGAUAUAUUAGCAAAUAUUAUGAUAAGACUGAUUUUAUUUA